AUGACCAUGACUGUCUCUCUGGGAACCAGCACUGCUGAGAAGAGCCCGGAGGUCGUAGGGGACAGUGGUCGCCAUGUCUCCGCGCUUGAGGAGGAGCUGCUGCUGGCGCGCCAGGCCCGGGAGCUCGCGCAGGGGCAGCUCGACUACGGCGCGGCCCUCGACGCGCUGCUGGAGGGCGGCACCCGCAUGGUGUGCACGGGCCGCAUGCACACCGAGCGCGUCUGUCGCUUCGAGUCCCUCUGCUACUCCACCGAGGCCGAGGAGUUCGUCUACUUCCACAGCAACGCCUCGGUGAUGCUGCCCAACCUGGGCUCCCGCCGCUUCCAGCCCGCGCUGCUCGACCUCUCCUCGGUGGAGGAUCACAACACGCAGUACUUCAACUUCGUGGAGCUGCCCGCGGCCGCGCUGAAGUUUAUGCCAAAGCCGGUCUUCGUGCCUGACGUAGCGCUCAUCACUAACAGGUUCAACCCAGACAACUUGAUGCACGUCUUCCACGACGACCUCCUCCCCAUCUAUUACACCAUGCAGCAGUUCCCCGAUUUGGAUCGGGAGGCACGGCUCUUCUUCAUGGAGGGCUGGAGCGAAGGCGUUCAUUUCGACCUUUACAAGUUACUGAGUAACAAGCAGCCGCUCCUCAGGGAGCAGCUUAAAACCUUGGGCAGGCUCCUCUGCUUCACUAAAUCGUACGUGGGCCUGUCCAAAAUCACCACUUGGUACCAGUACGGGUUUGUCCAGCCCCAAGGGCCAAAGGCCAACAUCUUGGUUUCUGGGAACGAGAUCAGGCAGUUCACCAAGUUCAUGAUGGAGAAGCUGAACGUGAGCUUGGAGGAAGGCUCCAGCGAGGAGUACAUCGUUGUGUUCAGCCGGACCAUCAACAGGCUUAUCCUAAAUGAGGCAGAACUAAUCCUGGCCCUGGCGCAGGAGUUUCAGAUGAAAACCAUUACGGUGUCUCUGGAGGAGCACUCCUUUUCCGACAUCGUGCGGCUGAUCAGCAACGCGUCCAUGCUGGUCAGCAUGCACGGGGCCCAGCUGGUGACGGCCCUCUUCCUGCCCAGAGGCGCCACGGUGGUGGAGCUCUUUCCUUACGCCAUCAACCCGGAGCACUACACCCCUUACAAAACGCUGGCAACCCUUCCUGGCAUGGACCUGCAGUACAUCGCGUGGCAGAACAGCAACAGGGAAGACACCGUCACCUACCCGGAGAGGCCGUGGGAUCAGGGUGGGAUUGCCCACCUGGACAAGGCCGAGCAGGAGCGCAUCAUCCAGAGCACGGAAGUGCCGCGGCACCUCUGCUGCCGCAACCCCGAGUGGCUCUUCCGGGCCUACCAGGACACCAAGGUAGACAUCCCUUCUCUCAUCCACGUCAUCAGGCAAGCUGUGAAGUCCAAGCCUGGACCCAAGAGGCAGAAGUGGCCCGGUAGCCUCUACCCGGGCAAAGUGCGGGAUGCCACGUGCCAAGCGUCUGUCCAGGGCACGAGCGAAGCUCGACUUGCCGUGUCCUGGCAGAUCCCCUGGAACCUCAAGUACCUGAAAGUCAGAGAAGUGAAAUAUGAAGUGUGGAUACAAGAGCAAGGGGAAAACACUUACAUGCCUUAUAUCUUGUCCCAUCAGAAUCACACCUUCUCGGAAAACAUUAAGCCCUUCACAGUAUACCUGGUGUGGAUACGCUGCAUCUUCAACAAAACUCUCCUGGGACCUUUUGCAGAUGUGCUCUUAUGUAGUACAUAACCUGCUGUGCUCUGCCCUGCUCUCCAUCCAUCAGUGGUUUAAAACUUACUGGUUUGUAGCCUGAAGAGGGCUGAAGAGGACUAGACUGUAGCAGUGCCUAUGUGUCCAUCUGGUUGCAUUUCAUGUGUGUUCUUUAAAUGAUAUUUAUUUUCAGUGAGUGUUUAAAAAGAAACAAAA